GGAGGCGGAGCUACGUUACUCCCGAGGCGGGGCAGCUUCAGAAAAUAACAGCUGGUCAUCGACCAAUCAGAGCCCACCAGGGCGGGCUCCUGAGCCAAUUGCCUGCUAGGUGCCUUAAGAGCUGGUCCAAAAUGCAGCAACUGGAGGGGUCAGACGGAAGCAGGCAAACUGGAGGGUGGGAUAGAGGCGUACAGCUGACGCUUACUGUCAUCCGCCAGAGAGCUUUGUUGCAGAGGACAAGGGCAGAAGGCACCAUGAGUGGGGGCCCUGUGGGAGGCAGGCCUGGAGGCCGAGGAGGGCCAGUGGGUCAGCAGAACGUUCCUUCCAACCUCCUCCAAGAUCAUGAGAACCAGCGACUUUUUGAGAUGCUUGGCCGAAAAUGCUGGACACUGGCCACUGCAGUUGUUCAGCUGUACCUGGCGCUGCCUCCCGGAGCUGAACACUGGACCAUGGAACACUGUGGGGCUGUGUGCUUCGUGAAGGAUAACCCUCAGAAGUCCUACUUCAUCCGCCUUUAUGGCCUUCAGGCUGGUCGGCUGCUCUGGGAACAGGAGCUGUAUUCACAGCUGGUUUACUUCACUCCCACCCCUUUCUUCCACACCUUUGCUGGAGAUGACUGCCAAGUAGGACUGAACUUUGCAGACGAGAGUGAAGCCCAGGCCUUCCAGGCGCUAGUGCAGGAGAAGAUACAAAAAAGGAAUCACAGGCAAAGCGGAGAAAGACGUCAGCUACCACCACCACCAGCACCAGCCAAUGAAGAGAAAAGAGGAGGGCUCCCACCCCUGCCCCCACAUCCAGGUGGAGACCAAGGGGGCCCAUCAGGUGGUCCACUGUCUCUAGGACUUGUGACAGUGGAUAUUCAGAACCCUGACAUCACAAGUUCACGAUACCGUGGGCUCCCAGCACCUGGCCCUGGCCCAGCUGAUAAGAAACGCUCAGGGAAAAAGAAGAUUAGCAAAGCUGACAUUGGUGCACCAAGUGGAUUCAAACAUGUCAGCCACGUGGGCUGGGAUCCCCAAAAUGGAUUUGACGUGAACAACCUAGACCCAGAUCUGCGGAGCCUAUUCACCAGGGCAGGAAUCAGCGAGGCCCAGCUCACCGAUGCGGAGACCUCCAAGCUUAUCUAUGACUUCAUUGAAGACCAGGGUGGGCUGGAGGCUGUCCGGCAGGAGAUGAGGCGCCAGGAGCCUCUUCCACCACCCCCACCACCAUGCCGAGGAGGGAACCAGCCCCUGCGGCCCCCUAUCGUGGGGAGUAACAAGGGUCGGUCUGGUCCACUGCCCCCUGUACCUGGGGGAGGGGGCCCGCCCCCACCAACACCCCGGGGGCUUCCACCCCCAGGCAGAGGGGGCCCUCCACCACCACCUCCUCCAGCCACUGGGCGUUCUGGGCCACCACCUCCUCCACCCCCUGGAGCUGGGGGACCACCAGUGCCGCCACCACCACCUCCACCACCGCCACCACCUAGCGCCGGGGGUGGGCCAACCACUCCCCCACUCAUUCCACCUCUGGUACCUGGAGGGAGCCUCGCACCUGGUGGCGGCAGAGGGGCACUUUUAGAUCAAAUUCGGCAGGGAAUUCAACUGAAUAAGACCCCCGGAGCCAUAGAGAGCUCAGUGCAGCAGCCACCACCUCAGAGGUCAGAGGGCCUGGUGGGUGCUCUGAUGCAUGUGAUGCAGAAGAGGAGCAGAGUCAUCCAUUCCUCGGAUGAAGGGGAAGACCAAGCUGGUGAGGAUGAUGAGGAUGAUGAAUGGGAUGACUGAGCCCAUGCUCCUUCCUGCAGGCCAGUGGCUCCUACUACCUGCUCUGUGCCCUCCCUGCCACCCAGACUCUCUGCUGUCGCUUCCAAGGCCCCAGACUGCCAAUGUUCUCAUUCAUGAUUGGGCCUUGUACUUACUCUAACAAUGUCUGGGGCCUUUAUACAAAAUUUCUCAUUUCUUUAUUUUCAGGGAUUUUUAAACAAAAAUAAAAAAUAGUUUU